AUGGCGAACGCACGCGGCCUCAGAGCCAUUCUUGAGAAAUCCCCCUCAGACGUAGUCAUCCUCUCAUCACUACGGACGCCUGUCACUCGAGCAUAUAAGGGCGGGUUCCGGAAUGCAUACGACCACGAGCUCCUCUCGCACGUCCUGCGAGCCACACUGGCCGCAAACCCCAAUCUGCCCGUGGACAAGAUCGACGAGGUCGCUGUGGGAGUAGUCCUAGCAGAGCUGGGCGGCUCAAAAGCGGCACGGAUGGCACAACUACACGCCGGAUUCAGCGAACGCACACCCUUACACACGGUCAACCGAGCGUGCAGUUCCGGGCUGGCUGCCGUGACGAGCGUCGCGAAUAUGAUCGCGGUGGGCCAGAUCGACGUCGGCGUCGGCGCCGGCAUGGAGAGCAUGACGCGGAACUACGGCAGCAAGGCCAUCCCCACGCAGCUGUGGGAGGAGUUGAAAGAGAGCCACGUCCAGAAUGCCCGGGACUGUAUCAUGCCCAUGGGCUUGACGAGCGAAAAUGUUGCUAAGAGAUAUAACGUGUCAAGAGAAGACCAGGACGUCUUUGCCGCCGACAGUCACCAGAAAGCCUCCAAGGCACAGAGGGCGGGUCUGUUCGAUGGCGAAAUCGUGCCCGUCAAGGUGAAGGUCCUCGACGCCGAGAACCCUGACGCCCCAGCCAAGGAAAUCACCGUCGACAAGGACGACGGCAUCAGACAUGAAGUCAACGCCGAGAAGAUGGCGAAGCUGAAACCCGCAUUCUCCGCGGAUGGUUCGUCGACGGCGGGAAAUUCCUCUCAAAUCUCAGAUGGCGCAGCUGCAACGCUAUUGCUGAGGAGAUCGACGGCGAACGAGCUCGGGCUGACCAAGAACAUUAUCGGAAAAUGGGUCAACACGGCAACAGCAGGCUGCCGACCCGACGAGAUGGGGGUUGGCCCAGCAGUCGCGAUCCCCAAGGUUCUCGAGCAGACGGGCCUGAGCACCGAGGACGUGAGCGUCUGGGAAAUCAACGAGGCCUUCGCCAGCCAGGCCCUGUACUGUAUCCGCAAGCUGGGACUGGAUAUUGCGAAGGUCAACCCCAGAGGCGGCGCCAUUGCGCUCGGUCACCCCUUGGGCAUGACUGGAACGAGGCAGUUGGCGACCCUUCUUCCACAGUUGGAGGCGGGUCAAGUAGGUGUCGUGAGCAUGUGCAUUGGCACCGGUAUGGGAAUGGCGGGUGUUUUUGUUCGAGAAUAA